GCUCCAGGGGCGCGCACGCUGACAUACCGAGUGACUGAGUGGCUGGAAGGGCUUAGACAGACCGAGAGCGGGAGACGAUGCAGAUCACGUUGAAGACCCUCCAACAGCAAACCUUCCGCAUAGAUAUCGACUCCGAGCAGACGGUAAAGGCGUUGAAGGAAAAGAUUGAAGCAGAAAAAGGAAGUGAUGCUUUUCCAGCUGCUGGGCAAAAGCUAAUCUAUGCAGGAAAAAUCCUCAAUGAUGACACGCAGCUUAAAGAUUACAAAAUUGAUGAGAAGAACUUUGUAGUAGUUAUGGUAACCAAGCCUAAAGCAGCUCCUGUGCCUGCACAGCCAACAACACAACCUGUUCCAGUGCCUGCAUCAGCGAGUACCGCUUCAGCUGUGUCCACCUCAACUACAACUUCAGCCACGGUUCCAGCUUCAACUGCAGUUCCAAGCUUAAUUGCAGAUUCAAUUUCAUCUUCAAGUCAACCUCCCAACUCUAACCCUACUCCAACCUCAGGUGCCACUUCUGUUGUCCCUGCCUCGCCUCCAGCUAUUGUUCCAACGUCUGAUUCUUCUAGUCCAGUUACGGAGGAAAAGCCAAAGGAAGAAGAAACAACGGAAGAAACCAGUGCCGUUUCUGAAGCACUUAACCCAAGAUCUGUGGCUGAAGAAAUUGACUUGAAUUUGGUGGAAACAGCCUCAUCUACAUUAGUAACAGGGCAAGCCUAUGAAAAUUUGGUGGCAGAAAUCAUGUCAAUGGGCUAUGAACGGGAGCAGGUUCUUGCAGCACUGCGGGCAAGCUAUAAUAACCCUGACAGAGCUGUGGAAUAUCUUCUGACGGGAAUCCCGGCAGAGCCAGAAGUUCCAGAGGAACCACAACCUCGAGUCACAACACAACCACCGUCACAGCCAGCAUCGCAAUCUACACCAAGCAGUAACCCACUGGAAUUUCUACGAACCCAACCCCAGUUUCAGCAGAUGCGUCAGAUAAUACAGCAGAACCCGGCACUACUGCCAGCCCUACUCCAGCAGCUUGGGAGAGACAACCCAACACUUUUACAACAAAUUACUCAGCAUCAGGAGCAGUUUGUUCAGAUGUUGAAUGAUCCUUUGGGAGAGGCUGGAAGUGAAGGGGCAGAGGGUCAUGGGUCACCACACACUAACUACAUCCAGGUUACACCCCAGGAGAAGGAAGCAAUAGAAAGGUUAAAGGCACUGGGUUUCCCUGAGGGACUUGUCAUUCAAGCCUACUUCGCUUGUGAGAAGAAUGAAAAUCUCGCCGCAAACUUCCUUCUCCAGCAGAAUUUUGAUGAUGAAUGAUUUUGUUUUCUCUAUCCUUCCUCCGCUUCCCCUUCCCCCAUCUCACCUCCAUUCUCCCACCCAUCCUUCUAUUCAAAACCCAACUCACUCCCUCUAUCUGCAGUGGGUGGUUAAUGGUGAGGCCAGGCCUAGUGUGGAUGACCUGGCGGUAUCAGCAUUGUGAAGUGCAGCAUUGGAAAGCACAUAUUUAAACAAAUCAGACACAGUAUCCCUUUGGUCAGUCUAUACUAAGUGAUAUAUAACGGCUCAUUACGACUAGUCAGUGUUGGUGGGUUGGGGAGGGUGGGUUUGGUGGGUGUCAGGGGCUGGUAGGGGCCUGUAUUCACAAAAGUUUAUGCAGUGUAUGCGCCAAAAAUUCCCUAACCCCUGAAUUUUAGAUAAAACACUUUUGCAUUUGUGCCUUUUGUGAAUAUGGGCCUAGAUUUGUGUGGAAGAGACUGAAGGUCAAGUGCUUCUGCAGCAUAAUGUUUCAAACUUGCCUACAAUCAGACUUUUCAGUAGAUUCUCUUUUUUUUUCUUAUGUUUGUGUCAGGUGUGGGGGCGGGGAGGGUAGUUGGGCAGAUGGGCUGGUGGACAGAAAUGUACAAUCAUUAAGCAGUAGACAUUGCCAUUCUGGAAUAUUGGUGACAACUAUUGUGAUGCCUGAUAGGAUAUUGCGUGGUUUAUGUAUCUGCCAACUAUUGGAAAUGCAACCAUACCCAUCAUAAGGCAGCAAAAUGUUUUUUAAAAAUAAAGUGCAAAAUUUCCCACAUUUGGAAACUGCUGUAUUUAAAAAGCAACCUGUCUUGCAUUGCUGUUUAGAAAGUGUGUGUUGCAGUCUGUAUUUUUAUUAAAAAAAGAAGCACGGUAUUAAACAGCAGCUUGCAAUCACUGCAGGAAUCUUUAGCUUGUCUGAGUAAGUAGCAGCAGUUUAAUUUUGUUAGAGCUCACUCUCAAAUAUUGCACGUAGCUGUUUCUUAAAUGUUAAACUACUUGUGGAAUCAAUAUUCUUAAUAGCACUAACUGGCCCCAUUUUAGAGUGUCAAAUAGAUCAUUUACAAGCUUUUGACCAAGGGCAACACAUCAAAAUGAUCCCAUGGCAAUAGACAUGGAAAGGCAGUCAGAACCGCCUACAUAACACUGAUGUAUCCCACACACUAUUGAAUGCAGCAAAUUCAUGUUUAGUUCAAUUUGGUGAGUAUUGGAUGGGGAGGAAGAAAGUGCAUAACUGUCUCCAAGAUGGGGUCUUGAAAAUGAUUAUAUACCUGUCCUGUUUGCAGAGUUAAGUAACAUUUUUGAGGCGCACAAAUUGACUUAAUAGUUUUUAAUGAUGUGCUGAAGCACCCUUGUAAAUUAGAAUAAGGUUUCAUUUCUGAAUGGAUAAGGAAGGAGGUUGGUCAUAAUUUGGUCAAGGGGAUGAUUUAUAUUUUCCUCAAGUCCCAGUGAUGUUUGCUGUGAUUUUUUUUUUUUGCUUUGCUUUUCUUGACUCAGGUGAGAGGCAAUCAGUUACACUUUAAAGGAUUGAAGUAAUUUUUCUAACACUUAUUCAGCAGAGCCUAAAGACAUUAUCAUCAGGAAAUGCUUUUGAUUAUUGAGGCACUGUAGAACUGGAAAUCUGGUUCUUUCCUGUAAUAGUUCCCAGUUUGCAACUCAAAAACUGGAGUGCUUCAAAAAUAAUUAAAUUUAUGUUUUUUGUUUCUUUGUGUUGAACCAUGGCUCUUCUAAUAGGCUGUUUUGAGCAGUUACUCCUGUGAUUACUCCUCUACCUGGAACCCAAUUGCUUGCAAUUUUCCCUCUGAACUCAGCUGCAUGUGAGCAUUCAUGAUUGGAAUCUUUCACGCCAUUACUUUCUGCAGAAUUUUGAGGCACAGUUGAGCUGAUUCAAUUAUGUUCAAAUGAUAUUGGCUGAGGUGUACUUAUGAGGUAAAAUAAUACUGUUGUGUCUCUCUUUGUAGGCAGAUAGCUGAAACCUUGUUGUUUCACUGAAGUUACCUGACUGAUGCCUUGGGAAUCAUAAUUGAAACCCAGAUUUCUUUUGAUCACUGAAGUUAAUUUUAUUUUGUAUAUAAUCCAUCAAGCACUUCUUUUUUAAAAAAAAAGUGAAUUGCUCAAGUUUAAUCUUGACAUCUUGAAUUGUUCUCUGAAUAGUCUGACGAGAAGUGAUACUGUCUGUUGUUAAAAAGGAGGAAAGAAAUUACUGCUUAUGGGUUGUUGAGAAAUACUUUCAAAUGCAAGCUUUUGACAAUAGUUUCCCAUCAUUGACAAAUUUAAAAUAGCAAAAACUUUUAAUUUUUGCAAAGUGGAUAUUAUGUGAGCAUUUUUAUUAAAGCUGCCUGCUAUUUUAUGGUUAGCCCUUCAAAGGAACUUGAAAUAAUUAAUCAAAAUAUUUCGAUUUACAACUUUCCAACAAUGUGUAACUGUUCAGAAUGUAUACAGGAUGCACUUUACUUUUCAAGGAUAUAAGCUAACUAUUAAGAUCCCAAAAGCCUUCCAGUCUAUUCUGAUAGGUUAAUUUAUAUUUAGCAUCCAAACUUACUAUUUUCAUCUAAAUCCUUUUAAUGCCAAGCAGAUAGUUCUCUAUAUUAUUUAGAAUCUGUCCACACUUGAGCUGAGCUUGAUUGAUCACCUCAACAUUAGGUUAAAUAAGUUACGUUACUGCCUAUCUAGAGCCUGAAACCACCCUGGCCUGAAAUGAAUCAGUUUGAAGUUCCAUUUAGUUGCAUCCUUUCAAAUUGAGUUAUUGCAUAAUUAAGUCUGGAGAGUUGGUUUGUUUGGGGGCUAGUCAGCAGAAUUAUUAACUUUUAUGACCAAAGAGUAUGUCCAACCUAGAGUGUUGGAAUAGCAUUAAGAGUGGGGCAAGCAGUUAUUAUUAGGAACUCUUAAUUGAACUCAGUCCUUAGUCCUUGGAUUAAUGGAACAUUAAAAACCCUCUUCUGCAGUUUUGCUGCUUAGGCAUUAAUGUAGAAGGAAUUGGAAAGGGUCAACACUAAGUUGAUUUUCCUUUUGGUUAUUUUUCUGCUAGUUUUAUUUUGCCUGCUCAUGCUUUGGAGUAAGUGGGGACUGAUGUUGAAUGUUAAAAUACUGUUUGUAGUUCAGUUCCAUUCCCAAAGCUGAGAGCCUUGGAGCAGUAAGUAAUGGCUACUUGUUAUGACCUUCCCUGCCCCACCUUUCCAAAAAUGCCAUUGCCCAUGGAAAUGGAGCUAGGGACACUAAAGCAAAGCUCAAUUCUGUUCAGUUGAAAACCCUUUCCAAGUUCCUCCAUACAUCAGUUCAAAAUCAAAAGCUUGUCUCUGAAAGGUAAUUGGAAGUGUAGUUUAUAUUUAGUACUGGUGCUGUUUACCCGUCUCUUCUUUCUGGGCCUGCAUCCCUGCUGUUCCCCCACCCACUUGUCCAGUAGUUUGAUACAGGCCUUGUACCGGUCCGCUGUUGUUGAGGCAUAAGGGCACAUUGCUCUGUCUACUGCCAUGUCUCAUUCUCUUCCCAACUUUCCAGAGUUAAUUUGUUUCAAAAAAAAGCUAAUCUGUUGGAGAGCAGCACAGCCCAUGACUUGAACAGGGUGCAUUUUGUGCAAGUCUAUUGCUAGUAGCCCUCUCCUGAUGUGUUAUUUCAUUUAUACUGUUUUGAUUCUGAAUUUAGACUUAAUUCAUUGGACCAGUACACAACCACAAUUCACAUUUUUACGUCAGUGAUCUUUGCAAUUGACCUCUUUAACUACAGCCUGUGACUGAAUUUGCCCUUAUUACUUUUAAAUCAGAAUUGUAAGCCCCAGUCUUGCAUCAGGUACCUUUGACAUUAGAGCUGAUUUGCUGAAUGUUCCUGGGAUUCACAAUGUUUGUGUUAACUACAAUAAAGGCUUUUUACAAAGCUUUA